CACUGUAAACAGUCGAUAAAACAGGUUUCGCCUCAUAAAUCGUAACAAAAAAAAAUUCAAAAAACUUCUUGAUUUGCACAACUGCACCAAACAAACAAUUUCGCAACUCCCAACCCUAAAACCCACCAAAUUCACCCCCAUUUCAUGCCACCACCACUCCGUCUGUCAUCUGCCAAAAAACCCCCCAUCAACGGAAUAUCCCGUUUGUUGGCCCCUUUCUCCCUGAAAAUGCCUCAAUACACCAGCGACCACAUCCGCACCAAACUCCUCCAAGAACUGUCCGCCUCACACGUGGAAGUCAUUGACGAAUCCGACGGCUGCGGCGGCAAAUUCUCGUGCGUCAUCGUCUCCGACAAGUUCCGUGGCAAGCCACUACUCCAAAGACACCGGCUGGUGAAUUCAGUGCUUCAAGAAGAACUCAAAUCAAUUCACGCCUUCUCGCAAAAAACCUACACCCCAGAACAGUGGGAACAGCAAUAAUGUCCAAAAUUCGUGUGUCCGCCCCCGGUAAAGUGAUUUUACACGGUGAACAUUCAGUGGUUUAUGAUAAGUUGGCGGUGGCGGCCAGUUUGGGUCUAAGGACGCGAUUGGAGUAUUGCGAGGAGGGGGCGGGGCUAAGGGUGGAGUUUGGCGACCUUGGGCUCACGCAAUGUUACAACUUCAAGGACGUCCACCAACUUCUCAGCACACAAAUACCAUUGACCCAACCCACAGCCUACUACAACCUGACUCAUCCCGAACUUUUGGAUCAUGAUAAAAUCACCGAAAUCGUCGAAAAGUUCGUCGAUUUGAAUCGACACGAACCCAAACAACGCCAGGCUUUGGUUUCGUUUUUUUAUUUAUUUUUUGCAAUUGUGGGAAGUACCGAUUCAAAUUUGAGUGAUGGGUUCAAGUUGGCUGUGCGGUCCGAUUUGACAGUUGGGGCCGGAACCGGAAGUUCGGCCUCGUUCGCAGUCGCCAUAGCGGCGUUUUUGCUCCAUUUUGUCAAAGUCAAAAAAUUCAAAUCCAAAAAUUUGUACAAAAGUCUUGAUCUAAAUGUGGAUAAUUUGCAAAAUUUUGACACAACGGAGCUGGAUUUGGUCUCGAAGUGGGCGUUUCAGAGCGAGAGGAUCAUCCACGGGACACCGUCAGGUGUUGACAACACAAUUUGCACUUUUGGCGGUUUAGUGUCAUUCCGAAAAGGCACAAGGCCCCAAAAAAUCACCCUGUCGUCAAAAAUCACCCUGAUCCUUAUCGACACCAACACACCACGUGACACUAAAACCCUGGUCGGUAAAGUAGCGACCAAACGGGCGAAAUACCGGCCGAUAAUCGACGCCAUUUUGGACGCCAUGGACCACACAACAAUCAGCGCACUUGAUUAUUUCCAAAAAAUGGAAACAAGUGACGUUUCGGGGGAGACUUAUGACGCAUUAGGGGAACUCGCCGACUUGAAUCAAAAUCUCUUGCGAUGUUUGGGUGUUUCACACCCAAAAUUGGACCAAGCUUGCGAGAUUUUGGCCACUUUUGGACUACACUGCAAAUUGACAGGGGCGGGGGGUGGGGGGUGCGCCAUCUGUGUGGUGCCGCCCUCUGUCAAAGGGGUGGAAAAGGCUAUAACCGAACUGAAAUUGAACGGUUUCGGGGCGGUUUUAACCGAUUUAGGCGGUUGUGGAGUAAGGGUUGAUUAAUAAAGUGUUAAGAAAGAAA